AUGUCGAGGUCCAUAGAGGUUUCCCGGGAAUACCACCUGCCUCUUGUUCUAACCUUCGUCGAUUAUGAGAAAGCUUUCGACAGCGUGGAAACGGAUGCAGUGUUGUCAGCGCUGGCCGAUCAAUGUGAGGACACGUCGUAUGUGAGGGCAUUGGCAGAUUGCUACGAUCGAUGCACCACUAAGAUGCAGCUUUUCCACCGUCCAUCAUCAUACCUAUUUUUAAGCGAUGUGACAUGGCGAUACUAUAUUGCCGAAGCUGUUCACGACUGCAUUACAAUGGAUAAUGGAAUCAUUUCCACGGAUCUCCCUCACUAG